AUGGCGGCGUCCGUGACGACGAACGAGAUCGCGACGGCGCUCCUGCGCAAGAUCGAGCAGCAGUCACGCCAUCCGCUUGAUGCUGGACUCGGGGACCCGAGUGCGCUGACGCAAUUCGUGGCGCACGACUCCAAUAAGCGGCCGCGCGUGGCGUCCACGGGCGAGCUGGAAACGCAUUACAAGAAGAACACGACAGCUUUUCCACCGGGACCAUGUUCUUCUGUUGCCUAUGGGCAAAAAAAGUGGUUUCAAGGCCAGGAAAAAAGUCAAUUUUGCAACGAACCAGCAGGCUGUGCAGUGAACGAGGCAGGAAGAGGCGGCAGUUUACUGGACAGAGAUGUGUCGACUGACAUUGCAGUGAUUGCAGCAAAGAACGAGCAGCUGCGAGUGAGUGUCGCCUCGCUGAAGCGCAGUUUCUCGCUGCGUGAGGAAGAGACGCACCAGCUGCUGCUGGGGCUUGGGGCGCUGAAUGCCGUGGCGAAUGAGCUCGCGUCGUUGCAGAAAGACUAUCGAGAGCGCUCGGUGAAGAAUGCGGAGCUGGUGCAGGAAUCGCUCGUGCAGAUCGCGAAUUGCUCGGCUCAGGUUGACAUUAUCAAAUGCAGUCGAGGAAUUACAGUGACGCAGUUGCACAAAUUUAGACAGGAGUGUGCUCGCGAGAUGAACAGGUUGGUCUCUCGACUGGGAGACCUUGCAGAGACCGCGUGUCAAGUCCCUUCUCCCUGUGAAGGGACCGACUAUGGUGAGGACAAUGACGGGUUGUACACGGCAGCAAAUUUGAGCAAGAAGUUGCAACAGGUCGAGCAGCUGAAGGAGGAAGUGUGCGAGCACAGGGCACAGAUUCUCGAUGAUGAGGUUGUCAAGACUGCAGCAGGACGUACGCAACAAGAGACGACUGAUCAGAUCCAUUUGGCACUUGCGCAGCUAGACAACCUUCAUACGGAGAUGAGUCAGCUAAAGCAGACGCUCGUACAGGAUAACCAAUGGUUCCGUCGGCAUCUCGAAGACAUUCUGCUGCAACAGAUGGCACACGUACGUGAAGUGCAGGAAAAUGAGCGAGAACGUAUUCACGAGGAGCUGGACGACAUCCGGUCUGGAAUGUGUGGAAUUCUUAGAGAUAUUCAUCGACUGAAGGAACGGACGAAGUAUAUGGUGCCGAGUAUGGCCCGAUCAGCUCCAGAGCUGUUUGGAAUUGCUGGCAAAAGUAGUGACGACCGGCGGAGGAGUACGCAAGCAACGAGUUCCGUGACCCCAACGCCAUUUGGCGAGGUUAAUAACAUGUAUAACGUUGUGAUGUCGAGCCAGGUGGGGGAUAGCUAUGCACAAGCGGGUCAUCCACAUAGCUCGAAAUCUAGUCUCUCUAGCCCAGCAGGCUCGGACGAUGAAAAUUGGCGCAUGUUUCCUCCAGAAGACGCUUUCAUUGCUGGUCAGUGUGCUGCACAGCCUGGCGAAAGCCCACACUACUCGUCACGCUCCUCAAGCUUAUCGGGCCACCUGAGCGUCUAUGGAGAAAAGCAUAUCAUACCGAAUAUCAAGUCCACCGCGGAGCAGUUUGAACAGCAGCUGCUCGAACAGCACCGCCUGUUCUGGAUCGGAGAAGGUGCCGGGUAG